GGCAGGCUGAGGCGGGGUUAGGAAUUGCGGCGCUUUAUCUCUGGCGGAGGGGCCGGCUUCUAGGCCAAAUCUGGCUUCGGGCCUGGGGUUGGUGGUAAAAGUCGUAGUAAUUAAUUGUAACGGGCUACUGUUUCUUGAACACCUUUUACAUUUAUUGGCUUGUUUAGUCUUCACAUCCCCCCUUCCUGAAAGGAACUCUUGAAGAUCCCUCUGAUGGCUUACCCAGGACAUCCAGCUGCACAGUAAAGGUGGCUUCUCCUGCUCUGUUCUUGGCAACACAUGCAUAGGCCCCUGCAUCUGAAGCUCUGACCACUUCAAAGAUGAGUGAAUGAAAACCCUUUUCAGACACAAUCAUUUUGUGCAAGUCAUCUGAUUGAACUGGUCUUCCAUUCAGAUACCAUGACACAUCAGGAGCUGGCAGUCCGCUGACCUGAAAAGGAAGACACAAGAAGGAGAUGACAGAAUUUUAAAUUAUAUCAUCACUGGUACCUAUUUGUCCAUUUACAACUUUUAACAAUUCUAGUAUCUGGGUGGGUUUGUGAUUGACAGUGCAAAGCAAGAGCUUAAAAAGGUGUUUGCUUUCAACAAUGUUUAACAAAACAGUAGAAAUUAAACUCUCGAAAUCAAUGUCGUCUUUUCAGACUACAUCAAACUACAUCUAGCUCUUUCGUAUGCACCAUGAGGCCCUGUAAGAUGUCUCAGUUACUAUAUUUAGAACAUUAACUUACGUUAUCUAGGUCUCCCCAAGAAAUAUGAAGUGAUACGGGUUUUUUUUGAUAAUGUGACUGCAGUUGAAGUCUCAGAGGGACAUAUGUGUGAUGCUUGCUGAUCUAAUGGAUGACUUUACCAAAGUAGAACGCUCUUGAGCUGUAAUUCUGGUGUUUAAAUUCCAGUUUACGUGUUUUCUUAUAAACCUUAACAAUUAAAUCCAUACAUGGACUUUCGUUCACAAGGAAUCCAGAAAAACAUUUUAUAGGAAAAAGGUCUCCAAAAUGAGAACAAUAAAAAUGUAGGUCUUUCUAAAGAUCACUUCUAGCAUGAAGAUCUCUUCUAUGCCAGUGUGUAACAGAUUAUGAAGAGGAAGAGGACACUUUUCAAAACAGUAUCUUGUUGCUAUUUUUCCUCCAAUAUUUUUACACUCUUACUUUGAAGUCCAUUCUGCAGAAUCUUCCUUCUUCAAUUGACAUGUUCUCUGGCACUUGAAUGAAACGAGUGAAUUCGAACUGUGGUUAUUGCCUGGACGUGGCAUUCAAAUGUGACAGACUGACCACUGGUUGUAGAGAUGUCUUGAAGAUGCUGAAGAAGAAACAGAAUUCGCAGAAUGGAAGAAACUCUUUCACCAUAUGCAAUGAUUUAGGAUGCCUACUGUGCAUCAAGCCGAGCUCUCAGCCCCCGGUUCAGGCAGGGGAUGAUGAGAAGAACCAGAGGAUCAUCACUGUCAACUCUGCCCACAUGGGGAAGGCGUUCAAGGUGAUGAAUGAACUGCGGAGUAAACAGCUGUUGUGUGACGUGAUGAUUGUGGCAGAAGAUGUCGAGAUAGAAGCCCAUCGUGUGGUCCUGGCAGCCUGCAGCCCCUACUUCUGUGCGAUGUUCACAGGUGACAUGUCUGAGAGUAAAGCCAAGAAGAUAGAAAUCAAGGACGUGGAUGGGAGGACGCUGAAUAAGCUGAUUGACUACAUCUAUACGGCAGAAAUCGAGGUGACUGAAGAGAAUGUCCAGGUGCUGCUCCCAGCAGCCAGCUUGCUGCAGCUCAUGGAUGUUCGGCAGAACUGCUGUGACUUCCUGCAGUCUCAGUUGCAUCCCACCAAUUGCUUGGGCAUCCGCGCAUUUGCCGAUGUGCACACCUGCACUGACCUUUUGCAGCAGGCCAACGCAUAUGCAGAGCAGCACUUUCCAGAGGUGAUGCUGGGGGAAGAAUUUCUUAGCCUCAGUCUGGACCAGGUGUGCAGCUUGAUAUCCAGUGACAAGCUGACCGUUUCUUCAGAGGAGAAGGUGUUUGAAGCAGUGAUUUCAUGGAUCAAUUAUGAGAAGGAAACCCGUUUAGAGCACAUGGCAAAACUGAUGGAACAUGUCCGUCUCCCUCUCUUACCUAGGGAUUACCUGGUCCAGACGGUUGAAGAAGAAGCUUUGAUAAAGAAUAACAACACCUGUAAGGACUUCCUCAUCGAGGCCAUGAAAUACCACCUGCUCCCUCUGGAUCAGAGGCUCUUGAUUAAGAACCCAAGGACCAAGCCCAGGACUCCAGUCAGCCUGCCCAAGGUCAUGAUUGUGGUUGGUGGCCAGGCACCCAAGGCGAUCCGCAGUGUGGAAUGCUACGAUUUUGAAGAGGACCGGUGGGACCAGAUAGCUGAGCUUCCCUCCAGGAGAUGCAGAGCAGGUGUGGUGUUCAUGGCUGGUCAUGUGUAUGCUGUGGGUGGAUUUAACGGCUCACUGCGCGUGCGGACGGUGGAUGUGUAUGAUGGUGUGAAGGACCAGUGGACGUCCAUCGCCAGCAUGCAGGAGCGCCGGAGCACUCUGGGUGCAGCCGUGCUCAAUGACCUGCUCUAUGCCGUGGGGGGCUUUGAUGGAAGCACUGGCCUAGCAUCGGUGGAAGCCUAUAGCUACAAGACCAACGAGUGGUUCUUCGUGGCCCCAAUGAACACACGGCGGAGCAGCGUGGGUGUGGGUGUCGUGGAGGGGAAGCUGUAUGCUGUCGGGGGUUAUGAUGGGGCUUCCCGCCAGUGCCUGAGUACCGUGGAGCAGUACAACCCAGCAACCAAUGAAUGGACCUAUGUGGCAGACAUGAGCACCCGCCGCAGUGGCGCAGGGGUCGGGGUCCUCAGUGGACAGCUGUAUGCCACAGGCGGGCAUGACGGGCCCCUGGUGAGGAAAAGUGUUGAAGUUUACGAUCCUGGAACAAACACCUGGAAGCAGGUGGCGGACAUGAACAUGUGCAGGCGCAACGCAGGGGUGUGUGCAGUGAAUGGGCUCCUGUAUGUGGUUGGAGGGGAUGAUGGAUCCUGCAAUUUGGCUUCGGUGGAGUACUACAACCCUGUCACCGACAAAUGGACGCUGCUGCCAACCAACAUGAGCACGGGGCGGAGCUACGCAGGUGUUGCUGUGAUUCACAAACCCUUGUGACCCCAACUCCCACUGCCAGGAGGUGUGGGAGGGGAGGGGUGCUGCCUGUGACUGACAACGGCAGCACCAUGAUGCUGGGGGGCCACUUGCUGCAAGAGUCUGCGGUGGAGCCUGAAGUGCCCUCCUCCCCUGUGGCAAUGUGGCAAAGUGCGUCCAGCGUGAAGGCUGGUGACUUGCCUCCUCCCCGAGCAGUGGGUUCCUGACAGCUCCAGCACCUUUGGGCUUUUUAUGUGUGUUUCUAUGGGAAUACCUGAGAACCUGAAGUGUGUGUAUAUGUGCGUGUGUGUGUAUGUGUGUAGACCAUGGUGUUUCACUAAGUUGGGGAUGUGUGACAAUCUACUGGAUUUCUUUACUACUGAUCCUUCUAUGCUAAAAAUCAAAUCACAGAAACCUCUCUUCUGGAUUUGCCCCGUGGGAACCCUGAGAUGACUAAAGCUGCUGUCUUCUGGAGGCCAGAAAUGUCCAGAAGCAACUGGUGAGAGGGGCAUUGCCCUGACCAUGCCCACAUACUGGCCUUGACUACUGGCACUGUCUGCAAAAGAGCUGGGCAUUCUUGAAUCUGUACCAUGCCCUCUUUGUGCUAGAACUGGGAACAGAUGGGUUCCCUAGCUCCUCCCUGGGCUCUGCUCCAGGAAGCAGAUGACAACUGCCUAAUCCUUGGGCCACUGGUCUUUGAUGUGUGGAUUCAGGUUAAGGAGAGUUUGUGUCUCUUCAGCUGGGAAAACUAGCUCUUUGGAGAAGCCCUGAGUGACACUGGAGAAAAAAAAAUCUAUAUAUACAUGAAAAACAAAAACAAAACAACAAACCAAAGUGGUAAGGUAGUUCCUGCCUAAAAUGGUCUGAGUGGAUCCUAUUUCUGAGUUUUCCUGUGAUAGGACAGACCCCCAUAUAUACUGGUUAUCUAGGCUUAAUUAUUCACAGCAUCCCAUUUUACUCUCAAAAGUGUUCUGGUUUGGAGGAUAAAUAAAGGGUCAUCCUACCUCCAAACCCAGAGAUAGUUUUGCCCCUGCUUUGGGUGGGGUCAUGUGUGAUUUAGGUGGACACGGAUGACUUCAAAGGAGUAUAUAUCAGCUGGGGCUGGCCCCCAGCACUUGAUGGCAGUGGUCAAUUGGCCAAGUCUGUCCAAUGUCCUCAUCUUCCUUUUCUUGUGCUCUCCCCCUGUUCCAGGGCCUGUACCCUUUCUCCAUCCUUCGGAAUCCUCCCCUCCUUGUUUUUCCUGAGAGGGAGGAGAUGGUGGUAAAUGCCCUGGAUGAGUGAUCUCUCUCAGGGAUAUUUACAUUUUAAAAGAGGAGCUUGAUAAGAGCUUUGAUAAUUCACAGGUAAAAAUUAAGGGCAGGACUUCAAGCAUCUGGAGGGGGCAGAUAUUUAAGGGCAUAUGGAAUCAUUUUCAUUGAAAGAAAGAAAAAGAAAAGAAAAAGGAAGGAAAGAAAGAAAGAA